GCGGGAAGUUGGCGAGGGGCGCUGCUCCCGCCGAGGAGGAGGCGGCGGCGGGGCGCUGGCGCGCCGCUCAGGUGUCCGCUCCGCCUUCCGGCCUGAAUUUAGCUCCGUGAGUCCAGCGAGAAGGGGACCGCCGACACCUCGCCCUACUGCCGGCCGGAGCGCGACGCGGACUUCCACCGGAGGCGGGGCCCGUCAUCCCGGCGGCGGACCGACGGACCGACGCCGGGGACAGAGGGCGGUGGCCUCGGUGGAGGCGGGCCCCGAACCCCGGCGGCAGCCGCGCGGCCUUAGGGGCGAGCAUGAGCCCCGGGACGCCGAAAGGGGGCCGCAGGGGCUGAACCGGGCGCGGAGCGGCCUGGCCCAGCCAUCUUGACUGCGCACAGCGGCCCGCCCGAGAGGAAACUUGCUGCGCCGCCGCCCUAGGUGCCCGGCAAAGUCACCGGCGCGCGCGGAGAAAGCGAGCGAGAGAGGGACGAUGAGCCGGGGGCCGGCCACUCUGCCCUGCGAGGGCUGAGCCCGGCCGGAGUGAGCGGGGCAGACCCGGGGACCGGGGUGCCCUCCGGCAGCCACCCUCGUCUCCCGCAGCGCCGUGAGGACGCGUCCCGCGAAGGGACCAGGCUAUCGGCAGACCCCCCCCCCCUCCCGGGAGAGGCAGGAGAGAGCCCGGCAGGGCGCCCUCUCUCCCCUCCUCCGGCGCUCUUGCAGGAUCUCCCAGCGCCCCUCCGCGCGCCGCCCGGAGGGCGAAGGCGCGUGGCCGAGGCGCGCAGCAUGGAGUGGGGUUACCUGUUGGAAGUGACCUCGUUGCUGGCCGCCCUGGCGCUACUGCAGCGCUCCAGCGGCGCUGCGGCCGCCUCGGCCAAGGAGCUGGCGUGCCAGGAGAUCACCGUGCCGUUAUGCAAGGGCAUCGGCUACAACUACACCUAUAUGCCCAACCAGUUCAACCACGACACGCAGGACGAGGCGGGCCUGGAGGUGCACCAAUUUUGGCCGCUGGUGGAGAUCCAGUGCUCGCCCGACCUCAAGUUCUUCCUGUGCAGCAUGUACACGCCCAUCUGCCUGGAGGACUACAAGAAGCCCCUGCCUCCCUGCCGCUCGGUAUGCGAGCGCGCCAAGGCCGGCUGCGCGCCCCUCAUGCGCCAGUACGGCUUCGCCUGGCCCGACCGCAUGCGCUGCGACAGGCUGCCCGAGCAGGGCAACCCUGACACGCUGUGCAUGGACUACAACCGCACCGACCUCACCACGGCCGCACCCAGCCCGCCGCGGCGCCCGCCGCCGCCGCCGCCGCCCGGCGAGCAGCCGCCCUCCGGCAGCGGCCACGGCCGCCCGCCCGGGGCCCGGCCCCCGUCCCGCGGCAGGGGCGGCGGCGGGGACGCGGCUGCGCCCCCCGCGCGCGGCGGCGGCAGUGGUGGCGGAGGCGGGAAGGCGCGGCCCCCUGGCGGCGGCGCGGCGCCCUGCGAGCCGGGCUGCCAGUGCCGCGCGCCCAUGGUGAGCGUGUCUAGCGAGCGGCACCCUCUCUAUAAUCGCGUCAAGACGGGCCAGAUCGCCAACUGCGCGCUGCCCUGCCACAACCCGUUCUUCAGCCAGGACGAGCGCGCCUUCACCGUCUUCUGGAUAGGUCUGUGGUCGGUGCUCUGCUUCGUAUCCACCUUCGCUACCGUCUCCACCUUCCUCAUUGACAUGGAGCGCUUCAAGUACCCCGAGCGGCCCAUCAUUUUCCUCUCGGCCUGCUACCUCUUCGUGUCCGUUGGCUACCUGGUGCGCCUGGUGGCGGGCCACGAGAAGGUGGCGUGUAGCGGCGGCGCCGGGGCCGCAGGCGGGGCGGGGGGCGCCGGGGGCGCGGCGGCGGGCGCGGGGGCGGCGGGCGCGGGCGCGGGCGGCCCGGGCGGGCGCGGCGAGUACGAGGAGCUGGGUGCCGUGGAGCAGCACGUGCGCUACGAGACCACGGGCCCGGCGCUGUGCACCGUGGUCUUCCUGCUCGUCUACUUCUUCGGCAUGGCCAGCUCCAUCUGGUGGGUGAUCCUGUCGCUCACGUGGUUCCUGGCGGCGGGCAUGAAAUGGGGCAAUGAGGCCAUCGCCGGCUACUCGCAGUACUUCCACCUGGCCGCGUGGCUCGUGCCCAGCGUCAAGUCUAUCGCCGUGCUGGCGCUCAGCUCGGUGGACGGCGACCCGGUGGCGGGCAUCUGCUACGUGGGCAACCAGAGCCUGGACAACCUGCGCGGCUUCGUGCUGGCGCCGCUGGUCAUCUACCUCUUCAUCGGCACCAUGUUCCUGCUGGCCGGCUUCGUGUCGCUCUUCCGCAUCCGCUCGGUCAUCAAGCAGCAGGGCGGCCCCACCAAGACACACAAGCUGGAGAAGCUCAUGAUCCGCCUGGGCCUCUUCACCGUGCUCUACACCGUGCCCGCCGCCGUCGUGGUCGCCUGCCUUUUCUACGAGCAGCACAACCGCCCGCGCUGGGAGGCCACGCACAACUGCCCGUGCCUGCGGGACCUGCAGCCGGACCAGGCGCGCCGGCCCGACUACGCCGUCUUCAUGCUCAAGUACUUCAUGUGCCUGGUGGUGGGCAUCACGUCGGGCGUGUGGGUCUGGUCCGGCAAGACGCUCGAGUCGUGGCGCGCGCUGUGCACCCGCUGCUGCUGGGCCAGCAAGGGCGCGGGCGCGGCGGGCGCGGGCGCGGCGGGGGGCGGCCCGGGGGGCGGGGGCCCGGGGGCCGGCGGGGGCGGGGGGCCGGGCGGCGGGGCGGGCUCCCUGUACAGCGACGUCAGCACCGGCCUGACGUGGCGGUCUGGCACGGCCAGCUCCGUGUCUUAUCCAAAGCAGAUGCCAUUGUCCCAGGUCUGAGCGGAGGGGAGGGGGCGCCCGGGAGGGCUGGGGAGGGGGCGAGGAGACCGAGUGUUGCCGGGGGUGGGCGGGGGGGGACACUCGGAGGCAGAGGGUCCCCCCUUCACCGUGUUGAUUGCUAUUAGCAUGAUAAUGAACUCUUAAUGGUAUCCAUUAGCUGGGACUCGCUUAGAACAAAGUACCUGGCAUUGAAGGCUCCCAGACCCAGCCCCCGUUCCUCCACCGACGGGCGAGGAAUUCCUCCCGCCAGGCGUUAAUUUGUCUUGGCAGAGGAGCGUGAGCUCUGCUGCCGCGUUUCCAGGACCCAAGGUUUGGAGCCCUCGCUGGUUGCCAUUUGCUGAGCUUGAAACCAGACCUACAGAUUUCACCUGAGGGACCUAGUUUCCGCCCUCGACUCUUCCUGCGUAAACCCUCACCCCUAACACGUCCUAGAGGAGGGAUGACCGCGACCUAAUGGGAUUGCACGGUUUGGGUAUUCUUAAUGACCAGGCAGAUGCCUUAAGUAAACAAACAAGAAAUGUCUUAAUUAUACACCCCAAGUAAAUACGGGUUUCUUACAUUAGAGGAUGUAUUUAUAUAAUUAUUUGUUAAAUUGUAAAAAUGUGUAAAAUAUGUACAUAUCCAAAGAUAUACAGUCUGUACAUUUUCUGUAAAAAGUUUAGAGGCCACCCCUGUAAGAACAAAUAUAAGUAUUCUAUUUUGGCAAUAAAACGACUUUUGAUAAAUGAUUUAAACAUUGCCCUCUCCCCCUGCCUCUCCUAAACUGUUAAACCUUGAAAGUGCUUUUUGCUGAGGGCCCGUGGGAAACACGGACAUUUGCUAGUUCCUCAUUAUGUACACUGCCCUUAGGCAUGGAGAAAAUGACCUGUUAAACUCUAGUUCCUAAGUUGUUAGCAAAGUUGAAAUAUCACUAUUGAACUGAAAUCAAGAUUAAGAUUUUGCACCUUUCCCGAGAAGGUGGUGUUUUUUGAAUGGUAGCUCAUUUCUGAUCCAUGGAUAAGGACACUCACCUUAGUGUCUGUAAACGGAACUUUUGCAAGGCACUAAUUCCACUCCGCCUUGUUAUUUAUCUUGUAUGAUAUCACUAAAGGCUUCAAACUCCACGUUCAUUUCUCACGUCUGUGAUUCUGAAAGCACCAGCUCUUCCAGGACUGAACACACUGCGGAAGGGUAGGGUAGAGGUUAAUGUUUUAAACCAUCGAUCACACUUUACAGUGUAAGUCACUCGACAAUUUGGUGGCAGAGCAGGCGCUCUUUACUGGAUUAAACUAACGGGUUAACAUCUUAAUAACCUUCCAGGCUUGUGUAUAUCACAUGUGCUGCUUUUCCUAGAGAAAAAGCUAUUGUUCCUCUGUCAAGACUAAGCUAAUUGAUUUGAGCAGAGGCUGUUGAAUUAGCAGAAGAAUGCUUUGGCAAUUGUUGAACUUUUUACCUGUCUGCCUAGUGGCUCAGCACACCAUUCCUUUAAGAGAAGCCAAAUGAAUAGGGUUAAUCUGUAGGGAACUUGGUCUUUUGAGUUUGAAAAACUUUGAUCUUUUCUCCUCUCCAAAUGUGCUGUAUAGUCUGAAGUUUCUUUCCCUGCGGCCCGGCUCCUCUUGGUGCAGACCAAUUGGCCACCGCGGAGCCUUAAAGUUCUUCCAUUAAAGGGAUGUGGGACUUUUACUUUAAAAAGGAGAGAGAGCGACGGAGAGGAAGACUUGUAACAGUUAGUGAAGACCAGAGGCACAAGUGCGCGCAGCCUUUUAAACAGCUUUCCCCGGCAUUGUUAGCCAGCCUGCAGGCAGCUAGGCAUGGGUUGAAGCAUUAUAGAAAAGGGCUCUGAAUGCCCUACAGGUGGUCUGCGCACAUAAUCCCCCAAUUUAAAGCGUUUUCCUUUGCUGGACAAUUGCAUUACAAAACUCCCUUCUUUUUCGCUCCUAAUUGAACCAAUGAACUAUUAUAAACUACAAGUUUUUCGUAAAAAAAAAAAAAAAGAAAGAAAAAGAAAACCUUCAGUGCCUAAAUUCUAUUGACUAAAUUCUGGCAAGUUUUCUGAACCGAACCUUUUAAAGCACCGGAAGUAAAAGCUUCUUCAGCAGACAUUUCUCUUUUUCAGAUAUUUUUAUUCCUCUUGCUUGUUAUUUUCGGACAGAUUAGCAAUAAUUUAAAAGUAAUUGGUAAGGUUGUGUGUUCAGACUGAAAAGAUAGCCCCAGGUCCCUUAUUAACCUGUCAAUCAAGAUAAGAAAUGGGCAGCUACCCUGCUAAUGAUGGGGGGCAUCACACAUUGGGGGCUGGGUGGGGACUUGUUCGCUGCAUCCUAAGAAGUUUGUUCUCUUUACUUCUCCUAAUAGGAAUAUUUAGUGGUUCAAAAUUUUUUUUCCUUUAAUGAAUAGGAUGGAAACUACUUCUUUGACUGAUCUUUGUCAUGUAAGAGGCUUUUAAGGAGGGUUUCUUGGUAGAAACAUUUUGCAAAUCCUUUCCAGAGUCAUUCUUGGUGUUAAUUGGAUUUUUAAAAUUAGAUAUACGGGAAGAACACCUACUUUAGCUAUCAUGCUGAUUCUAUUUUUUUAAAGUCAGAACCACUGUAAAAUCUUCACCUCCUGGCAGUUUAUAUUAAAGAAUUACCAUUUUGUAACUUGGGUACCAGUGAGUGGCCUGCUUCUAACCCAUGGGGUGACUCUCAUGUACUCUGUGUACAUAAACCAGCCAUAAACUUACACUUUCAGUUGUAAAGUUUUAAAGGCAGUUCCCGCAGUCUUUAUCACGUAUGUGAGAAGGAGAGACAGUUAAAAGACUAACUCGCCUAUUGGUUUCCAAGUUUAGCAGGAGUCUCACUAUUGACAUAUUUUCAACUAUGUGACAGUGGGAAAUGGUCAACUUUGAAGUUUUUUCCUUUAUUAAUUCUUCAGUAUAGCCUUGUAGAAUGCCACAUUUGAUCACUUUUACAAAAUGGCUACAAUUCUGAGAACAGCUCUUAGGAGAAAGCUGCACCUGUCAUCGCAGAGGCUGAUUUUAGAGACUGAGAAUUAAAACAGAGCGCUAGUUCCUUGCCUUUAAACCUAGAACUUGAAUUGCAAAGUUGCCAGUACCCAAAAGGUAUCUAUUAAUGGGAUUAAAAACUCCAAAUUGGUUUGAGGGGUGGGAAAAGGGAGGAAGAGUAUUUGGCUAUCUGUGUUAGAUGAAUAUAGAUGGAUCCCUCACCAGAGCAUGCAGCCAGUAUGAGUUUCUGAAAACCUUGUCAAAUACGGGGGGACGAGGAGGGGAUAAGGUUACUGUGUGGCUAGAAGAUCAAUGUAAAUAAAGUCUAAUAUGGUUAAAAGCAUUAGAAAAGCCAAAGCUCAUUAAAAGUACUUGUGGCAGAAGUUAUGUGAAACACUUUCUUUUUGCUUUAUAAUGAACGCAACUUGAAAGUACCACAAAACAGAGGGGAAAGUGUAUUUAGAAGUUUAAGGAGCAAACUUUGUCACCAUUACAGUGACACCUGUAUUGAUGUCACCUGCAUGGAUGACCUUAAAGGUUUCUGUAAGUCUUCAAAGUUUGAGGGAAAGAAAUCGGAUUGUUUUGCCAAAAGAAAAGUCACACGUGGAGCCUCACGCAGUUGUGAGCACAGGAUGCGAUUGAAAGCAUAGUUACAAAAUAGUCCCUUGAGAUGCAGCACACAGCGCCCGCGGUGAUCGACUUCCACACUCGAUACAAUACUGCCACCUGGCGAUGCUGCAAAGUUCCAGAACCGGGGGAUGGGCGGGCUCCCUCAUUUCAAUUCUUUCAACUACUGAGCCCCCCGCGGUGCAGGCCUGACCCCUGCACAGAGGGCCUGCAGCUAUUUAUAUUCAUAAUUUUGAACUCCUUCUCUCAAGAAAAAGAUUCCCCAAACUGCAUCCGUUUAAGGCCCCAAGAGACCUCAGUUGAAUUAAACUCUCCAUACAACAGUUAUGCGAAAAAUCUAGGCUGGGUUGAAAUCCAAUGAUAGGUCUUUUAAAAAAUUGUCUUCUGAGUUACUUUUAUUUCAAGAAUGAGCAGCUCACCAAAGAUUCACCACACCAAAACUUAAUGGGAGAAAGAAUAAAUCGUGAAGACCAUCUGGAGGGGGGCCAUGCAGUCGGCUUGUUCAUUUCAGUACACGCCUUACAGGCUCCCACCAUGAAGUCCAUCUGUGGAUUCUGGUGGAUGCUCUCCAAUGCCGCGCACAAACACUGCUGGCUUGAGAGGGACGCAGGCUGUCCCCCAUCGUCUAGCCAGGUGUUCAUGGAAGCACACCACGGAAUAGAAACCGUGCCAGGAUACAGGUCAGCCAAAGGGAAGAGAGGGGGAGGCGUCCGUUCUGGAAUAGUGGAGCACAGCAGUGUGGGGAGACCAGGCCUGCGAGGAGUGCAUAUAGAAAGGGACAGCUUCACGAAGCCCAUGUCUGAAGGCUUCUUGCUCCUGAGGAUCAGAGUGACCGGUAGGGCCAGGUGGGAGGGGGCGACACUGGUCAAGGGGAAGGGGACCAAAGAUCUUAGGUCACCUGUGCGAUCCUGGAGUUUUAAAGGGGUUAUUGAGAACCUUGCUGCUCUGUGAACAAGGAGAAGCAGCGUGGCCUAGGAAUAUGUGAUGGAAUGUGGAAUCGGAAGCUGUGCUGUAUCCAGAUCCACAGCCGUUCGUUCAGCACGCACACGAAGGUGCCUCAUUUUCAGGCCAGGAAGCUGAUGCCCGAAGCGGACUGGACUUGCCCAAGGUCAUACAGCCAGGAGCAGAGCUGGGCUUAGAAGCCACAGAUCCUACGUGUCACUCCUAUUUCCCUAGGCCCUUCCCGCUGCCCUGGUGUCUGUGUAAGUCCCUAAGGCCACCAACCACCAUGUGCAGCCAUCCCUGACAUCAGCUCUCCUGGCCGUGUUCAGCCAGUCCCAGAAUCCUACCAGAGUCCAGGUUUUCCAUGGUCUGGUGCUGACCUACAGAGGAACAUUCGAACACACAGCCUGAGAGGCUGCCCGGAGAGCUCCGGGAACGUUUGCCUCUCCGGCCCCUGGCUGACACGGGCCAGCUCACCUGCUCUGCACUGCCCGCAUUCACAGUAACACGAUAAGUGGCCAAGUUCACAUUUUCCUAGUUGAUACAAAGGCCCAAGGACACAGUCUGUCUGCUACUUAGGAGCUGCAGUGACUGGGAGGCAGGAAGCGGUCAGCGGCUGAUGGAGUCACGCCGGGGAGAGGGCCCCAGAGUGGGAGUACCGUGCCCUGGUCAGCAGAGGCUGGAGCCUCCAGGGAGAAAGCGAAAAGCAGAGCCGCUGGGUGCUGAAGAGCCGGGCCGGAGCAGCAAACAGAGAGUGUGGCUGAGGCCCGCGGAAACCUCUGGAGGGAGAGGACCAGCGGGAAGGGAGAUGAGCUCAGCUGAUUUAAACCACAGGCUCCAGGAGAUGCCCCAAGAGGAUGGUGGUACCCGGAAUGGGGCGGCCAGAGAAGGAUGGAGUGAAGGAGGACCGGCCAGGCAAGAGCAAAGUCAGGAUAAAUUUUAACUAAAUGACCACGUUUUAAUGGCUUUCCAAGCCUUGGGGAGAACCAUUAUUCACCAAGGACAAAGGUACCUAUUUAUAGCACCUUAUUUAAUGCUCAGGUGAACCGUACACUAAUUUAAAUUAGAAAAACUCUUUCCAACGUUCAUCCUCUAACAAACCUGUUUCUAAUUAACUAACACCCUGGCAGUAGCUCUCACCCGUGCCUACAUGCUAGAAGCACUCGGGGUGUUUCUUAAAAACACCAUGUCCCGGCAGCACCCCAGACCAGCUGAACCAGAACUUCUGGGCAUGGAAUCUGGGAAUUCAAAGUUUUCUCAGACUACCCCAGGUGAAUGAUUCUCAUGUGUAGGCAGAGUUGAAAGCCAGCGAACUGCAAUUGAAGGUGACAUUAUGAUCUAAAGUGAAACAACAAAAUACAACUAGAAGUUAACUAAGCAAACUGCUUUUGUCAUCCAAUUUAACUAAUUUAAAUGGAAGUGGUUAUUUUUUGUCACCUUGAGUAAAUAUUUGGGAGAGGACAAGGGUGCCCUCACCUGGUCCAAAGGGAGAACUUCAUGCUAUGUUGUUUUGAACGGAAGCUCUCGCUACACAGGGCUGCUUUAGACAACCCUGCUUUUUCUUUCACUUGUAAUGAAACAACCAAAAACUGGGUACAUAGGGAAUGAGUCUUUUAACCUAGAAAUUAAACCCAACCUGUAAACCUAGAAGGACCCAAUCAUGUCGAUAUAUUAUUAGUAGAAGCUAUUAAAAUUAAAGAUACUCUUUUUCUUCAGUAAAUGUUUAUUUAGUAAAACCAACUCAGCUAGAAAUGAAGGUUCAUCCUGUGGUGACCUGACCUGGGUGUGACUUUCCAAGACCAGGUGACCUGUCACCCUGUAGUCCUAGAGGCAGGUAGGCUGUGAUCCUGAAUGUAUGUCACCAUGUGUAUCUUUAAAAGUAAACUCAUACUAUCUUACCUGAUGCUGGAACUUUGCUCAAGUUUUAGAAUUUUUCGGAUAACGUUUAUUCAGUGCAGAAAUCUACUCUUUCUCCAGGUACCCUGAAAGAAGGGAUGAGACCUUGACCAAAGACCCAGAAAGUGAGAUUCAUUCCACAAGUAAACUCUGAGGUUUUCCUGAGUCUACAGAACAAGUAUGAUCUUAGAUCUUAACUGUCAGACCUCAUCCAAUUUCUGUAAGAAAGAGUCUAAGCAGAGGGUCAUAGGUCAAACCCAUAGACAGGAUACAAAUUUUGUGUAAUACCAUUAAAGAGCAUCCUUGGCUAUACUUAAUAGGAACCAAAAAGAAGUUAAUUCCAGGAAUCCGGACACAGACACUUUUGGGGGACCAAAAAACUGGAAGUUGCUAAAAUGGAAGUUCUUGUUAAAAGGCUCUGUUAGAACCAAACAAAAGGUAUCAUUUCAUAGCAUCGCUGGGAUUAGAAAUACAGGAUGUAGCUAUAGACACUUAGCUUGUGAAAAUGAACAUAUGUGUGCCCUCAUUCAAAAUACCCUCCUCGAUCCUUGUGGUUUACACUUUAUUUGAAUCUAUGCACUUAGGACAUUGGUACAAAGAGAAGAGAUUUAUCCCUUGGACCUUAUCCAGUCACAAGUGAUUAUUCACUCAUCUCAUCACCCAGCCACCCAGUGACCCACGCAUUCUUUACCCACGUAUGCUCCUUCGUUUCCGUAUCAAUCAAAAUGAGGCUAAGUUUUGCUACAAUAACAGACAACUCCAAAAUCUCAAUGGCUUAAUGCAACAAAAAAUAAUUUAUCAGAGAAAGACAAAAAUCAUAUGAUUUUACUUAUAUGUGGAAUCUGAAAAACAAAACAAACAAAACAACACUCAAAGAUACAGAGAACAGA